UCCCACGUGCAUGUUUUAUUUUCACUUCAGCAUCCCUCUCACACUCUCACACAAUCCUUUUUCUCUGCGCUCCCCACCCAUCCACAAUCUCUCCCUCCGCGCACUCUCUGUCUGGGCUCGCUUCUCUUCCACUCUCUUCCACUCUCUGCGCUCCCCACCACCCAUCCACACAGGCCACCACGCUAACCAUACCCGCCGCUUCUCUUCUCCUCCACCUUCACAGCGUCCACGAACACCGUCCACGAACACCGCGUCCACGAACACCGCGAAAACAGCGGAGCCACCGUCGGACUGCGAUUGGCGGACGAUUCCGACUGCCACGACCACCGCGAAGACAGUUGCUUGCACUUUGGUUAUGCUCCAUGCCGAAUGAUGUUCUGAUUCAGACAUGUUAUUGAUGCUGCAAAAGUGACCUUCAUGACUUGCAGUUGCAGAGAGCAAAACGUCAUUUACAUGUGUUUUUAAUCAUUUCAAUUUGUUUGGACUUUCAUGAUGCUCCUCUUUUUAGGUUACAUUAAAUCAUGGACUAUUGUAUUAAUGCAGACCACCCUGAUUAUUGUUUGUGAUCAUUUUCUUGUUUGAAUGAACCUGCCUGAUGCUUCACUGAAUCAGUUAUGUUAUUAUAUAUUGCAUUCCAGGGCUGUUUUUGUGUUGUGAUAUUAGAUUAUUGUUGUUGGACAGAUGUGAAAAAAUUCAAAAUUAAAAUCUGACUGAUUGGGCCAAAAAUUACACACACCAGGAAAAACUGGCGGGCCAGCCCGCCAGCCCGCCAGCCCGCGGGCCGGGUCCAAAAAAGCAGCCCGUUUUACCUUGUCGGGCCAGCCCGGCCCGGCCCGUUUAAUACGGGCCAAAAGCGGGCCGGGUCAAAACGGGCCGGGCUGGCCCGUUUUGACACCCCUAGUUGUAGGCAUAUUUUAUGAUAACUAUAUGGCCAAGGACUUGUGAUGACUUUGUUUCUUCCUACGGGAAGAAUACUUAAAGUCUAAUUUAUUGUCAACUCCAGUAUUAAUAAAAUACUUGAAAAAUUAUAAGCAGGUCUGGUCAGUGCAAUUUGUACUACUAGGGUAGGGUGUUUUCAUAGUAAAGUAUAAAAGAAAAGGCUAGACUAAAGAUAAAAGGCUUACUGGUAUGUGUUACAAAUAACAAGCUAAAAGAGUAAUUCCGAAGGGGAAUGAGAUUGAUUUGGUUACCCUUGAAAGAUGUCAUUGUGGACAUGCUUUUUGAUUUGGAUUUUAUUAGUCAGGAAUAGUGAUUUAAUAUUACAAGACUUUAAAGAUGGCCAAUCAGCAGAGUCAUAAACAUUUGAGUUUUAAAAAUUGAUUCUUCUUUAUCUAAUGUUGUAGGUUAAUUUGUUUUAACUGGAGGAAGUGUUGGAUUCCUUUUACCUAGGAAUACUGAAACAUUGAACACCGAUGUGCUCUUUGGUGGUGAUUUACUGUUCCCAGUGCCCAUAGCUUGAAGGUUCCAGAGGCAAGGAAAAUCAAGUUUACCAUUUAUUCGAGGACAAGAAGAUACUGAUUGUUGAAGAAGAGGUACUUCAACAGGUUAUAUUUGGUAGAGAAACUACUGUUACAGAAUAUGAAAGUGGAAGAGGUGAAUCAAUGUCAGAUUCAAGAGUGGUAUCCAAAGUUCAAAUCUGUAUCCAUCAAGACUGUAAUUCACCAACUUCCCGAGUCAUUUAUUCAGUACCUUCUUGAUGACUCUGGGCCCUUUCUCUUACCUGCUUCUGUCUUAAAUGAAGAUGCAUUACCCAAUAGAAUUCAUAAUCCAACUGAAGAAGAAGAUUUUCAGGUUUCAGAGGGAUCUGGGGAUGAAGCAGAAGAUUCUCCACCACCUUCUUUUCCAGAACUUGAAUUGAAAAUUAAGGAAUCUAUUGAGUCCCUUGGGGGUGCAGUCUUUCCCAAGAUGAAUUGGAGUGCUCCAAAAGAUUCAGCAUGGAUAAGUACCGCAGGCAGUCUUAGGUGCACCAGUUUUAGUGAGAUUGCACUUUUAUUUCGAGCAUCUGACUCAUUGGUCCAUGAUUUGUGCCAUGCGUAUGAUUCAUGCCAGGAUAAAUCUUCGACUAGGCCCCAUAAUUUCUUUCUUGCACUCCGUAAAUGGUAUCCAUCUCUUCAGCCAGACAUGGAAUUUCGAUGUUUCAUACGAGAUCAGAAGUUGAUUGGAAUUUCUCAACGAGAGGUUACUACUUUUUAUCCUAUUUUGCUUGAAAAGAAGAAUGAUAUCCUUUCAUUGAUCCUAGCAUUUUUCAACAAUUACGUGAGGGCUAAAUUUGAGUCAGAAAACUACACAUUUGAUGUUUAUAUCACAAAGGACGAGAGAGUUAAGAUUGUGGAUUUCAACCCUUGGGGUGCUUUUACAUUGCCCUUGUUAUUUGCAUGGGAUGAAUUAGAGAGUAUUCAUACUGAAGGAAAUGAUGUGGAGUUUAGAAUUGUAGAAGAUCGUUGUGCUGUUAGGCCAGGCCUUAAAACAGCAGUGCCUUUUGAUUACUUGGAUACGAGUGAGGGUAGUGGUUGGGAUCAAUUUCUAAGGAGUGCAGAUGAAGAGUUUAGACAACAAUCUGCAGAAGCUGGUGCAUGAUAAUCAACUGCUGUUUCUCUAAAUUAACACUUAAGGUAGCAAAUAAAAAAGUAGCUUUUUAAUUUGUAUUUUGAGUUUCUUUACAAAGGAAAACUCCUGUUUGAAAGCAUUAUCGCAUGGAGGAGGCAUAUUUUUUGUUUAACAUAAACCUUAGUCCUUAUGGUUAUUAAGUUUAUUUUGUUGGACUUCAAACAUCAGAUAUUUUUACUUGAAGUUUUUCUGUUGGUCAUUGUUAUCUGCUACCAAUUUCAGGCCUUCGGAUGAUUAGGUGUUGAAACUCAGGCACACGAACAUCUGUAGGGACAAUUGUGUCGUAUGGUGCUUAGUUUGUACCUAAGUAUUUUAGAGAAAAUUUAUCAUGUGUUGAGUGUAUUUUUUAUAUGAAAAAAUGAGUUGCUUCCAUGUUUGUA